CGGCUGAUCCAUCAGUGCUGCUGCAGGCGAGCAGAGGCGGAUCAGACCAACGGGACGGACAUCAGUUGUUGACAAGUUAACUAUGGAUGUUUUUAUUGCAUGUGGAUGAUGCAUUCGCUGCACAAUUAGAAGGCCUCCAGACCAGCACCAUCUGAGCCAGCGUGCCUCUGAGCAACAGGAGCAAAUGCCAAAGUGCUGAGCAAAUAAGGAAAUAAUUAGGAAUCUGUCACCUCAUCUCACCUAAGUGGGUGUGAAUUGUUGGCAGGAGUCAUGGGGAACCAGCUGACUGAUAUCGCUCCCAACACGCCGUCAUUCUUGCCAAACUUUCAGUCUCUGCACGUUGUGGUCAUCGGCCUUGACUCGGCGGGCAAAACCUCCCUGCUCUACAGACUCAAACUGAAGGAGUUUGUGAAAACGAUUCCCACCAAGGGCUUCAACACAGAGAAAAUCAAGGUAGCCGUGGGGGCGUCUCGAGGCAUUACCUUUCAGGUGUGGGACGUGGGCGGCCAGGAAAAGCUGCGUCCCCUGUGGAAGUCUUAUACUCGGCGGACGGAUGGGAUUGUGUUUGUGGUGGACUCUACUGAGCUGGAGCGCAUGGAGGAGGCCAAAGUGGAGCUGCAUAAAAUCACCCGCACCUCAGAAAAUCAGGGCGUCCCUGUGCUGAUCCUGGCCAACAAACAGGACCUGGAUUCAGCGCUGUCUGUAACUGAGGUGGAGAAGCUGCUGUCUGUUCAUGAACUUAGCAUGUACACCCUUCAUCAUGUACAGAGCUGCAGCGCUGUGGACGGUCAGGGACUCCAGCUGGGCUUGGAGAAACUGUAUGAGAUGAUCCUGAAGAGAAAGAAAAUGGUCAAGCACAACAAAAAUAGAAGGAGAUGAACUUCCUACUUGCACCCAUUGGAGAUCACCUUAGGACAUUUCUUCACUGUUGACACACUUCCAAACUUAAUAGUCUCUUUAACGACAGAACAAUUUGUGCCAACAAAGCUAAACCUGGCCUCAGGGUCAGGAAAAUGGAUUUGGCCAUAAUAGUUGAUGCAGUAUUGAAAACAACACAGUGUUUUGCAAUCGUGCAGCAGCCACUUUAAAGUAAUAGUUAUGGAUCUAAAGGAAAGGUUAAUAGCAAUUAGUGUUCACUAAGUGCUUUUCCUUCGCUUGUUUCAAGGAACACUUUUAACAGCACUAACAAGUCAUUUACCAGUUAGGACUUGGUGUUUGCUGAAGAAAAAUAUUUACUACAGACUAAAAUCUUUUUAUAUUCCUUCACAAGAUUCUACAGAUCCUGACCUAAUGAAUACCUUUUCUUUCUCUCCUUGUAUGGAUGUUAUCAGACCAAUCAAUAUUUAUUCCACAUUUUUUUGUGUUUGUGUUGAACCGAAUGAUUUACUGUCACUGAUAUGAAAUGUAGAAGUGAUGAAAGAAGUGAUUUUAAUAUUUGCCACUGAACAGUAAUUCUGAGUACAUUCCUGUCACAGCCACUGAGUUCAACUUCCAGCUAUAAUAACAAAAAUGUUUAUAUAAAUUGUACAUUUUGUAACACUGAAAACUGAAUAAAAUAUUACACUGUACAGAAAAUGA